UCAGAAAAUUUGAUGUUUACUUUUUGUUGGUUAUCUGAAAUUUUUUCGUAUUUUUAAAUCGUCAUUCUAUAUUUCUUUUAAAUUAUUUAUUUAACUAUUAUCUUUUCGAUUACAGAUCUACAUUACGUGUUUAAAAAGAAUAUAUUUUUACAAUGGAUAAUGCUGUAGAUGUAUCCCAGUAUAUUUUACCCCAAGAUCAACCUUUUGUAAGAUUGGAAAUUGAAACUGCAUUUAAUGGCCUAACAAAGCAGGAAAAGUUUUAUUCCCACUACCUUAGCCAAGCCUCUUGGAAUGGUAGUUUGAUUACGUUUAUUCAGACUAGUCCAGAAUCCGGACCAAUAUUUGUCCUGUUGCUUAAAUUCUUUUCGGAGCAAGACAAUAAUGCAUUUAAAGAAACCGCUUUAAAGAGUGGUUUUUCAGAGGACGAUUUAAAAGCGCUUUAUAUUUAUGCUGGAGGGGUAUUUGCCAAUGCCGGAAAUUAUAAGGGAUUUGGCGAUACUAAAUUUAUACCAAAUAUUGAACAAAAUCGUUUAGAAGAAUUAUUAGCUUUAAGUCCUUCAUGGCCAGAGAUUAAAGCCUUGUGGAAUAUGUAUAAAGACAUUAUAUAUGAUUUGAGUCCUGGUAAAACAUGCCUUGGAUAUAAUCCACUUGGAACCACGACAUAUUUAUCGAAAAAUAUUACACCUGAAGAUACAGAAAAAGUCCAAAACUGGUUAAAAUCCAAAAAAAUUGAAUGCUACAAUAACAGAUUGUUUAAGUUUGAAGAAAAAAACGAAGUUGUUUAUGAAAUUCGAAUGGCUUCUGAAGAAGAAAAGCCUCCACUAGAGUAUAGAGAGGGGAACAUAACCUAUAAGGUUACGUAUGGAGAUUACUGUCCUUUAAUGGGCUUGUUAGCCGAUAAUUUAGAGAAAUCUGUUGAAUUUGCUGCUAAUCCAACGGAACAGUCUAUGAUUAAAAGUUAUGUUCAGUCGUUUCGAACUGGUUCUUUAGAUGAUCACAAAACAGGUCAGUAUUUGUUCACAAUAAUCGGUGUAAAUAAAGAGAUGUCAAGAAAAUUCGCCUACUUAGUAUCAAAUGCAGAAAGUUUCUUGAAACUGCUACCCUGGGAUAAGGAAUUCGAAAAGGACGAAUUUUUGAAACCAGACUUCACAUCUCUGGAUGUUCUUACCUUUGCCGGCAGCGGAAUACCAGCUGGCAUCAAUAUACCUAAUUACGAUGAUAUCAGGCAAACUGAAGGGUUCAAAAACGUGUCAUUAGGCAACGUUAUUCCAGCCAGUUAUCAGCAAUCUGUAACUCCGUUCUUAUCUAAGGAAGAUGCUGAACUUCUGCAAAAGUGGAGAGUACCAGCUUUUGAAUUACAGGUUGGAUUACAUGAACUUCUUGGUCACGGUUCGGGUAAAUUGUUUAAAAAAGAAGCUGAUGGUACUACCAAUUUUCCCUCUACACUUCUAGAUCCGCUAACAGGUAAACCCCCAUCUCCUUGCUACGAACCAGGCGACACCUACGAUUCCCGUUUUGGACCCCUAAGUUCGUCGUACGAAGAGUGCCGUGCCGAGGCCGUCGGUUUGUAUCUAAGCUUGGAACCAGAAGUAUUAAAAAUAUUCGGCCAUGAAGGCAGUCAAGCGGAAGAAGUAGUCUACGUCAAUUGGUUGUCACUGAUAUGGGCAGGAGCGGGUCGUGGUUUGGAAGUGUGGUCACCUGGUAGGGGAUGGUUGCAAGCUCAUGCUCAGGCUAGGUAUGUUAUAUCCAGAGUUCUUAUUGAAGCAGGCGUGGUAAAAGUGACACAACCCAGCGAAAACGAUCUCCUGAUCACUUUGGAUCGGUCAGCUAUCAUGGGAGCCGGAAAAGAAGCUAUAGGAAAGUUCCUGCUUAAGUUACAGAUCUACAAAGCAACCGGAAAUAUAGAAGAAGCGGAGAAAAUGUACAAUCAUUAUUCAACUGUAGAGGAACCUUGGUUGAGCUGGAGAUCCAUUGUCCUGGCCAACAAGCAACCGAGGAAGAUUUUCGUGCAGGCCAACACUUUCGUGAAGGACAACGAAGUUCAACUGAAGCAAUACGAGCCGUCCAUGGAGGGCAUGAUCCAAUCUUGGGUGGACAGAUUCGAAAAUAAGAGCAAUAUCUACAAUUACAUUAUGGAAUUGACAUCAAAAGAUGCGCAACAUUUCUAAAAAAUGUUCCUUUUCUUUUACUUUUUAUUAAAAAAAUAUACGUGAAUAUACAGAGGGUUGUUAACGGUAAGUAUCGUAUUAGUGGUAUUUAUGGAGAUUUGCUCAUGAUAAUUUUUUUCUUUUCUCAUUUUUUACCCAGUAAAAGAGCAUUCAUAUAUCUGGCAUAGCUGCGUGACCAAAAUUUGCAUAUGCAACCAAAAUUUCAGGUUUUUAGCAUGCCUAAGUAAUUCUUCAUAAACGUCCAAUUUGAUACUUAUGGUUAAUAACCCUAUACAGGGUUGUUCACCACAUACGACACGGAGUAUUGUAGCUAAACGAUUAGAUUUUUACAAAUUUUAAGUUUUGGGUUGGUUGAAGGACUA